GAGUUCAGAUUUUACUUUAUACAAUACAUUUGGGUUUUUAGCACAGUAAAAAUCAGUGAUAUGCAAAUCAUUGAAUUCAAAUGUCUGGUAGCUUUCCAGCAAAGAAAUUCUCAAUAGUGAAUUAAAAAUUGAUGGAAAUUUUGUUUAACUAGUGAAAGGGGGUGAAAAAUCUUCAAUCAAUAAGGAUUUUGAAGAUACAUGGAUUGAAAAAUUCUACCGAGAUAAAGUUCUACCUAUCUACAGAGAAAUCAGUGUAUAAUAGAAAGAAGCAAAAUGGAGUCGAUGAGUUCACAUCUGCCGAAAGUAGAUGACAAAGCUUUGGAGUUUGAUGUAGACAUUCAGGAUGCCCAGUUUAAUCACGAGGGGCGAUACUUUCUGCGCCUCUCAAUUCACAGUCUCCACACUAGCGACUUUACAGGAAUUCAGGUCAAACACGGGAUGGAGACCACGUACAGAAAUGAGAACGAGGCUGAGACUGACGUAGUGACACAGCCAGAGUCAGCGGUGUUGUCCAGAUUCCAGGACAAACGGUUCAGCUUUAGGCUCCCUAUCGGAUUUUGUAAGAAUGACAAGAACCACGAUGUUUACCUGUUGGUUGAGGCCUUCAGUCUGCCCAGUGAUGGCGGUAUGGGGAGGAAAGUGGGGGAGGGGAAGUUUGCCAUUUAUCCCAGGCCCAACGCCCCCAGGAUAAAGGCCGACGUCGAGCCGGGGGAAGAUUUCUACAAUUACACAGAUGUCCUGUCUCUCCUCAGGACAGUGAGCACAGACAGUGUACAGAUGCAUUGUGGGAGAAUUCGCAGUAUAUAUGCGCUAAGAGAGGUGGUUGUUCCCAAACCAAAGUCACCACUGAAGACACCACCAAAGAAAACAAUAAAGAAACCAACCCCCACCCCCCAACCCAGUCCUCCACCCUCCAGCAGACCAGCACCAAGACCUAAACCACCCCCCUCACCCACCAGCUCUUGGGGUGGAGAUAACAUCUCCAUUAUGCUCCCUUCCUCUCCAUCCUUCCCUCCACUGUCUGAUGGAAAAUUAGUGAAGGAAGAUCCCCUGAUGGACAAGGACAGACACACAUACGCUGUCCAGUCGACCUACCGACACGUGUCUGGGGGAGGGACGGAGCAGGUGGAUGUGAUCCUCCACGGAGCGUCCAGCCUCCCCAACACCGACUCGGGGACCACUCCACAGGCUUAUGUCAUUGUGAAGAAGAAAUCUGACACCAACCAGAAAGGGUCGGUGACCCACACGUCCCUGAGGCCGACCAGCUCCCCAUCUUGGGAGGAGAUGAUCUCUACCUCCAUGGACGCCUCAAAGGCCGGUGACGAGUUUUUAGUGGUUUCUGUGGCUGAUGGCCCCUCCAAACAGGAGCUGGUGGACUACCAGAUACCGAUCAACUCACUACAACCAUUCCACCAGUACCACCUAGAGCUGGUCAAGCCUAAGAAGGGCGUUCCCAAUGGAGUUCGUGUAUUUGCCACAAUAACAAGGAAGUUGCCCCAGCUGCCUAAAGAUGCUUCCUCGCCUCAAUACCUGGGACUGGAGGUUUUACUGCGAGCUGUACAGAAACCACUACAGACUUCCAUGGGCCCCCUUAUAGCUGUUGCCAGGAUCGUCCCCGACUUCUAUAACUACAAGAGUAACUACUUGGUCUCCCACCCCAGGGCUGCUGGAGUCACAAUGACCAGUGUCUCUUUUCCGUCCCCCCACCCUGCUUCCUUCAGCGUCCCUCCCGGCACCAAACAUGGAUAUCCUCAGAUAAGCCUGCCCGGGAGACCUGAUGUACAGCCGGAGUGGAACCACCCCUACCUGUUCUGUGACGAGAGAGACAAGGCCACGCUCUUCACCCCAUCAGCAGCUCUGGUCAUUGAAUACUACCACCAAGAUCAAGCAAUGACAGAUCAGUUCUGGAAAAUGAAGAGUCCAAUGGGGUUUUCUGCUUUACAGUUGGAUAAAGAUUUGUACACAGAACUUAUCAAAGAGAGUGCUUACAAAGGCCUAAGAGUGGACAACUUACCUAUACAGGUUUUUAAGGACUACCCCAGAGGCACAGACAUUGUGACCAUAGAGGGGAAACAACCCACCGUGGGACUGAUCCUGAAGCUCAUUACAACUAAUGCACCAGAUGCAAUGGUGAAGGCAGAGAACCUUGAGAUGCUGCCUGCCCUGGAUUUGUUUCCUGAACCAAGUGGAGGGUACUUUCGUACCGGAGAUGACAAUAGCAACCAGAAAUCCCCAGAAGUUCUCAAGGUCAAUUUUGCCGAGGAGCCCCCAUCCUGGGAUUCCCUGUCGUCAGAGAGAGCGGAGUCUCCCCCUGUACAACCCGGCUUCUAUCUGCAGAAAGUAUACAAGAAGCCUAUGUCCCCUAAUUGUUUGUUCCAAGUCUAUUCAUUGUCAGGUUUGCAGCCCAUCAAGGAUGGGGACCUGCCUCCCUAUGAAGCCAUGGAGUCCAUCCUCCCAGACUAUCAGUACAUCUUUGUGGACCCAGACAACAAAUCUGGUCCCCGGCCCCAGCAGAGACCCCCGGCCGCCACCCAGAUGCCAAGCUCCUCCAUGAUGCCAGGGGGACCCUCCACCAGUAAACAGCCCAAUGACCUUGACCAGACUUCAAUGAAUGUCCUUGACCAUCAAAUGAAGGAGCUGGAGAACUAUCGCUCCGCAGUCCAUAAAAUGGGUCAGGAUAUCCUGGCUCUCCGACAACAGAUCCGAGAGCUCGAGGCCAACAACAGUCAGCUCCGGCGAGAUCUGGCAAAUUAUAAUGACGCCAGUAAACUGAUGAUAGAGUCCUCGGAGCUGGAUAACCUCACUAAGCCAGAGGUCAUGUCCAGAUACGCAAUCUUGAAACAAACCCUAGUUGUAAACAGUAAUAGUCUAAAAAGCUACAAAGAUAGAGUUCAGACCCUACAGAAUGAACUCAUCAAAAAAAAUGAUCAGGAGAAGAAGUACAUUAAGAUCGCCCAGAGCUACAAGCAGCAGACGGAGGUCAUCACCAAGCUUCAGGAGAAGUUAAAGAAGACGCGAACCGUGGAGGAGGCGCUGAAGAAGCAGGAGAAGGUGAUAGAGAAGAUGGAGAGGAUCCUGGAGAAGCAGCACCGCGACCGGAGCAAAAAGUCCAACGAUGCAGCUCAGGAGGCCAAUGAAGCUCUGCUGGAGGAGAACAAGAGACUGCGACAGCAGUCUGAUGACUUAAGGGACCAGUUGAGAUUCAAUAAUAAAGGAUCCUCAGACUCAGAGACAGACAAACUGGAGCUGUACCAAGCUCUGGAGAAGGCUGAGGCCAGGAUCCAGUCCCUAGAGAGACAGCUGGCAGAGAAUUCCAGAACAUGGGGCAAGGAAAGAGCCGACAUGAGUUUACGGUUGAAUGAAGCGGAGCAUGGGUUUGGUCGAUCAGGUGGGAUGGUUCUACACGACUACCCUGUUUAUGACUCUCCAAGACAAGUCAAACAGUACAGGAAGUACGCCAGUGCCUGUCCCUGUAGAUGUCGCUGUCAGAAUGACAAACUGGACAAGUUGGCCAGGAACAGCCCCCGCCGAUUAUCUCCCCUGUAUCGCUGACACAAACUCACGACUUUCCCUGGUGCUUUCAACAUGGCUGCCUCCGACAGCCAGCCGUCCAAUACCACUGCUGCGUAACGUCAUCGUCAUCAUCACAAGAGGACCACCGUCAUCAAAUGAACAUUUCACUAUAUGGAGUACAGACAAGGAGACUCACAUGGACACAGGAUUUUGAUGAAGCUGUUUAUGUGUUACAUGUAGUUUUCCGAGUACUCACCCAUACAUACAUGUAUGUUAUAAAGACUUAGUGUCUCACCGUCUGUAUAUCGAUCGAGCGUAAUUACAUCUUCCAUAAAAAGAACCUGUACAUUGUAAGGACUAGCGAGAAUUCAUUUUUUAUUGUGUUAUUAUGUACAUGCACGUAAAAUGCUCCUACUUUAUGUCAUCACGCCAGACAUGUGACAGUUCACCGUCCGCUGAUGUUGUAUGUGUUUUUAAACCCUUUCAUUGUUACUUAUUAAUAUUUACUUUAUUAUAUAUUGUUAGAUAUGUAAAUUUUGUUGGUAAUAAAUCUAUGCGUUAGUUGUAAA